CCUAGGCGGCGGCCGCGGCGGCGGAGGCAGCAGCGGCGGCUGUGGCGGCUGUGGCGGCGGCGGCGGCGGCGGCGGCGGUGGCGGCUGCUCGGCCAGUACUCCCGGCCCCCGCCAUUUCGGACUGGGAGCGAGCGCGGCGCAGGCUGUGAAGGCAGCGGCGGGGGCCAGAGGCUCGGCGGCUCCCAGGUGCGGGAGAGAGGCCUGCUGAAAAUGACUGAAUAUAAACUUGUGGUAGUUGGAGCUGGUGGCGUAGGCAAGAGUGCCUUGACGAUACAGCUAAUUCAGAAUCACUUUGUGGAUGAAUAUGAUCCAACAAUAGAGGAUUCCUACAGGAAGCAAGUAGUAAUUGAUGGAGAAACUUGUCUCUUGGAUAUUCUCGACACAGCAGGUCAAGAGGAGUACAGUGCAAUGAGGGACCAGUACAUGAGGACUGGGGAGGGCUUUCUUUGUGUAUUUGCCAUAAAUAAUACUAAGUCUUUUGAAGAUAUUCACCAUUAUAGAGAACAAAUUAAAAGAGUCAAAGACUCUGAAGAUGUACCUAUGGUCCUAGUAGGAAAUAAAUGUGAUUUGCCUUCUAGAACAGUAGACACAAAACAGGCUCAGGACUUAGCAAGAAGUUAUGGAAUUCCUUUUAUUGAAACGUCAGCAAAGACAAGACAGAGAGUGGAGGAUGCUUUUUAUACAUUGGUGAGAGAGAUCCGACAAUACAGAUUGAGAAAAAUCAACAAAGAAGAAAAGACUCCUGGCUGUGUGAAAAUUAAAAAAUGCAUUAUAAUGGGUGUUGAUGAUGCCUUCUAUACAUUAGUUCGAGAAAUUCGAAAACAUAAAGAAAAGAUGAGCAAAGAUGGUAAAAAGAAGAAAAAGAAGUCAAAGACAAAGUGUAUAAUUAUGUAAAUACAAUUUGUACUUUUUUCUUAAGGCAUACUUAAGUAAAAGUGGUAAUUUUUGUACAUUACACUAAAUUAUUAGCAUUUGUUUUAGCAUUACCUAAUUUUUUUCUGCUCCAUGCAAACUGUUAGCUUUUAUCUUAAAUGCUUAUUUUAAAAUGACAGUGGAAACUUUUUUUUUCCUCUAAGUGCCAGUAUUCCCUGAGUUUUGGUUUUUGAAUUAGCAAUGCCUGUGAAAAAGAAACUGAAUACCUGAGAUUUCUGUCUUGGGGUUUUGGUGCAUGCAGUUGAUUACUUCCUAUUUUUCUUACCAAUUGUGGACAUUGGUGUGAAACAAAUUAAUGAAGCUUUUGAAUCAUCCCUACUCUGUGUUUUAUCUAAUCACAUAAAUGGAUUAAUUACUAAUUUUAACUUCAGUUGAGACUUUAUGAUUGGUUUUACUGAAACAUUGAGGGAACACAAAUUUAUGGGAUCCUGUUGAUUCAUCUUCUAGGCAUCAUGUCCUAUAGUUUGUCAUCCUUAAUGAAUGUAAAGUUACACUGUUCACAAAGGUUUUUGUCUCUCUUUCCACUGCUAUUAGUUGUGGUCACUUUCCCAAAAAUAUAUUUUUUCUAUAAAAAGAAAAAAAAAUGGAAAAAAAAUACAAGGCAAUGGAAAAAUAAAAGGCCAUUUCCUUUCCAUGUUAGAUAAAUUACUAUAAGACUCCUACUAGCAUUUCCUGUUAAGGCAGACCCAGUAUGAAAUAGGGAUUAUAGCAACCAUUUGGGGGCUAUAUUUACAUGCUACUAAAUUUUUUAAUAAUUGAAAAAAUUUUAACAUGUAUAAAAAAUUCUCAUAGGAAUUAAAUAUAGUCUCCCUGUGUCAGAUUGCUCUUUCAUAGCAUAACUUUAAAUCUUUUCUUGAACUUCAGUCUUUGAAAAUAGUUUUAAUUCUGGUAGUGAUAUUAAAGAGUAUUUGGGCCAGUUUUAACUGCUUGGUAGGUGUUAAGGAGACCAAGGUUGCAAGGUCAGGCUGUGUGUGUACCUUUGAACUGGAUUGAGAGUUUCACAGCAUGGACUGCAUCGUCAUCCAGUGUAGUCAAUGCAUUGGUUGGUCAAAAUGGGGGGACUAAGAGAGAGUUCGGGUAGCUCAACAAGCUGCAUUCUCAGUAUAUGGUAGUUCUACUGACAAAUCAAGAGUAUCACUUUUGUUUUAAAAAAGAACUUUUUUUGUAAAAAAUUAGUUUUAAAUAUUAACUUGAAAGUUGAGAUUUUAGGGUGUGGGGUUGCCAAGACAUUAAUUUUUUUUUUUUAAACAAUGAAAUGAAAAAGUGUCAGAAUCUAGGUUUGGCCAGUUCUCUUAACACUGGCUAAAUUAAUGUUUCAUAAAUACUUUCCAGGUCUGAUCCAUAUUUAUCUAAUGUUUAAAAAAUUAACAUUAAUAAAAAGUCCUUUAAAUACAUUUAAAAUGUUACUUAAUUUGAAAUAUCUGAAGUGAGAUGAGAUGGUGUGGUAAGGUGAAAAUAUCACUGGACUAGGAGGAAGGUGACUUAGAUUUUAGAUAUAUGUAUUAGAAUUCUGAUUUGGGGCAAAUCACUAUCCAUUUUUUCAUGAAAAAAGAAGUCAUCUCAAAGGCUUUGUUUAACUUCAUAACUAUGUGAUUUGAUUUACAUUCAGUUUACAUAAGGAUAUACCUGUUUGUCAAGCACAGCACAAUCUGUAACUUUUUACCUGUGUUAUCAUCUUCAGUACCAGUCUUGGACAAAAUUGUGCAAGAGGUGAAGUUUAUAUUUGAGUAUCCAUUUUCCAGUUUUAGGAUUCCUCUCAUAUUAGUGUCAUCUUGCCUGCCUAUCCUUCCGUAUGUCUCAUGACUUCAUGACAUUUUUUUUAAAUACUUUUAAUUCCCCUAACCUUAAGAUUUAUUGCUGCUAUGGGUAUCUUCAUGAAGAUUUCCCAUUAAGUUACAUCAAAAUGCCUUACAACUUAUUUCCUGAGAGCUCAAAAUAAUCUGACAAUUAUUAUAAUGGAAUUUGACCUUGUAGCUGAUUUUCAGGUGGUGGCUGUAGUAAUUUAAUCUUGAUCCUUUGAACAUCAUCUCUUUACUGCUUGGUCCAUUAGUGACUAAGUAGGAAUUUUCAAACCUGGUAUGAAUAGACAGAACUCUAUCCAGCGGAAGGAGAAUUUAAUAAAGGUAGUGCUGAAAGAAUUCCUUCAGUAAUCUACAACUAGGACUAGCCCUGGUAAUAGUAAUACACGUUGCAUUGUGUUAAUAACUCAGAAUCUUCUUACAAUGAAAAAUACUUAAACAUUUAAUUCAUAAGCUUUUUUGUAGAAUUCAUUUAUUCAGCAGAUACUGAGUGCCUGCCAGAUGCCAACCAUUGCACAAGGCAUGGAGGAUAUGGUGUCCCCAAACAAGAAACAAUCCCUGUCCUUAGGUAGUGCUAGAGUGGUCUGUAAUAUCUUAGUAAGGCCCUAGGUGCAUGACCCAGAGGUAACACAAUGCAUAUUUUAGUUUUGCAAAGAAGGGGUCUGGUCUCUAAGGUUUCUUCCAAUUCUAAAUAAUUGUUUUGCUAUGAUUCCAAUGCAACUGUUUAUUCAAGCUAUUUUAUAUAAAUCACUUCAACUGUUUUAAAGGAAUAAACUUGAUUAUAUUGUUUUUAUUUGGAAUAACUAAUUCUGUUGUGAAAGUUGUAGCACACAUUAAGUUGUGUGUGAGAUACUAAUAUUAAAAUACCCAAAUAUUCCAGUUUUCUCUUUUAAAAUAGACUUUUACAAAUUAAAUACUGACUUCUAAAACAGUUUUGUUGAUCUGGGUACGAAUAAACAGGUGCCUGAACUAAUUCACAGAAAAGGAAACUUGUGUAAAAAUAAGAUUCUGAAACACUAUGGUAAACUACAGAUUUAUGGGAACAUUGCCUAGGUAGGGUAUCAAGGCUUAUAUAGUACCUCCUCUUGUUACUACACAGAGGAAGAAAUGGCCAUACUUCAGGAACUGCAGUAAAUAACUGAGAGGAUGUUUAGGACUUACGAAUUUUUGAUGUAGCUGGACAUUUUUUUAAAGUAGUGUUAAUUAUCUUUUAUUAUGUGAAUUUUGAAUGGUUUAACAAAAGGUUUGUUUUUGUAGAGAUUUUAAAAGGGGGAAGAUUACUAGAAAUGACAAAUGUUAUCUAAUUAUUACAGCCUUAAAGAUAAAAAUCCUUGUUGGAACUUUUUUUUAAGUACUAAAUUACAUAGUCUUAGGCAUUAACAUGUUUGUGGAGGACUAUAGCAAACAUAUAUAGAAUAAUUUGAGUGAAUACUCCCAAUUAGGAAUUCUAGGCUCUAUUUUAACUGAGUCACACUGCAUAGGAACUUAGAUCCUAACUUUUAUAGGUUAUCAAAACCUUUGCCACCAUUGCACAAUUUUGUCCUAAUAUAUAAAAAACAUUGUGAGGCAUGUUAAGUUACAGUUUGCACAAGUUCAUCUCAUUUGUAUUCUAGUGAUUUUUUUUUCUUCUAACCAUUUUUUUUCCUAAAUGAUCUAUACAUACAUUCAGGUUUAUUUCGUAGGCAGUAAAAACUAUCUGAAGUUAUUUCCAUUUAUCAAAAAGUAAUAAUUUCUUGAUAAUUACAUAGUGAUGUUUUUAAAAACCCAGCAGUUACUUUAAUUUAUAUUUAAUAACUUGUGUUAAUAUUGAGUAGCAUGAAUUCUGCAUUGAGAAACUGAAUAACAUACAACUAGUUAUAAGUUCUAUCAAAAUGAAAAUUAUUUCUUUCUAAAGAUAUUUAUAUUAGUUCUUGAAGAACAGUCAUAACUAGAUUAAGAUCUGUGUUUCAGUUUAAUAGUUUGAAGUGCCUGUUUGGGAUGAUGAUAGGCAAUUCAGAUGAAUUUAGGAAAAACAAAGUUAUCAGCAGAAAUGUCAAUUACAGAGGGUUACCACCAUCACCCCCCUCAGCUAACUGGGUUACAAUAAUACUUUAUCUAAAAGUUUCCUAUUCCACUGUCUUGUGUUUUCAUGUUGAAAAUACGUUUGCAUUUUUCCUUUGAGUGCCAAUUUCUUACUAGUACUAUUUCUUAAUGUAACAUGUUUACCUGGAAUGUAUUUUAACUAUUUUUGUAUAGUGUAAACUGAAACAUGCACAUUUUGUACAUUGUGCUUUUUGUGUGUGGAACAUAUGCAGUGUGAUCCAGUUGUUUUCCAUCAUUUGGUUGCGCUGACCUAGGAAUGUUGGUCAUAUCAAACAUUUAAAAUGACCACUCUUAAUUAAAAUUAACUUUUAAAUGUUUAUAGGAGUAUGUGCUGUGAAGUGAUCUGAAAUUUGUAAUAUUUUUGUCAUGAACUGUACUGCUCCUAAUUAUUGUAAUGUAAUAAAAAUAGUUAUGGUGAC